GACCUGCCCCUUCUGGCUCCUGAGCUAGAAAAGAGCGUCGAUGCCGGCGGCAGUGAUGAGUUGUAGGAGGAGCUGGCUGCUUGGCGGUUCUGAGGAGCGGUGGCUGCUGCUGCUGGUGGCCUCUUUGCAGAUGUCUUGCUGUCAUUGAACCCAUUUGAAAGUGCUAGGCGAGCUCAGCCAUCAGUAUGUCCAAGUACAAACUGAUUAUGUUAAGACAUGGAGAGGGCGCUUGGAAUAAAGAGAAUCGGUUUUGUAGCUGGGUGGAUCAGAAACUUAACAGUGAAGGAAUGGAGGAAGCUCGGAACUGUGGGAAGCAGCUCAAAGCACUAAACUUUGAGUUUGAUCUCGUAUUCACGUCCAUCCUUAAUCGGUCCAUCCACACAGCCUGGCUGAUCCUGGAAGAGCUGGGGCAGGAAUGGGUUCCGGUGGAAAGCUCGUGGCGUCUAAACGAACGUCACUAUGGAGCUUUGAUCGGUCUCAACAGGGAGCAGAUGGCUUUGAAUCACGGUGAAGAACAAGUGAGGCUCUGGAGGAGAAGUUACAAUGUGACCCCACCACCCAUUGACGAAUCUCACCCUUACUACCAUGAAAUCUACAGUGACCGGAGGUAUAAAGUGUGCGAUGUACCUGUCGAUCAGCUGCCACGAUCUGAAAGCUUAAAGGAUGUUCUGGAGAGACUCCUACCCUUUUGGAAUGAAAGGAUUGCUCCUGAAGUCUUAAGUGGCAAAACCGUUCUGAUAUCUGCUCAUGGAAAUAGCAGUAGGGCUCUCCUGAAACAUCUGGAAGGUAUCUCCGACGAAGACAUUAUCAACAUCACUCUUCCCACUGGAGUGCCCAUUCUCCUGGAACUGGAUGAGAACCUGCAUGCUGUUGGGCCUCACCAGUUCCUGGGCGACCAAGAGGCUAUCCAAGCCGCCAUUAAGAAAGUAGAGGAUCAAGGAAAAGUGAAAAAGCGAGUUGAAAAAUGAAAGCUUUCCCAUUUACUUGCUAGGAAUAGCUGCAAAGGAAGUGGCAUGCAGUAUUUUUUGGGUGCUGAUCUCCCUCUCUUUUUUUUCCCCUGAUUUUUCCAGAACUAGUCAAUGGGAUAGAGUUUAUAAGGUAACUCGGUAAAUGUUAUUGCCCAGAUGAAAGAUUUAGGAUGCCUGAGUGCUUUGUCAUAAGUCUGAUGAGAACUCUCUUGCUAGUCCUGUUUGAAUUAGUCAUUCAUGGGGCUAAUUGGUAACCAGUGGGGCUUAAUCAAGGUCCUGAGUGUCUAAGAUGAGAAAGUAACAAGUAGAGGUGAAGUUUAAGGUAUUCACCAUUUAAUAAAUCAUUAUUGAGUCACUAUUGACAGACACUACUUAUUCCAAUAGGUAGUUCACUUUUAUAUUUACUGAGACUUUCUGGGAUGAUAGUAAGGUAUAUUAGAUAAUAUGCUCUACUUAAGUAUUUAUUACUAGUCUUCUCCUCUAGGAAAAGGGAUGCUUUGCUAGUUAAAACCAGAGGACCAUUUAAUGGGAGAAAUCACCGGUGGAUUCCUCCAAGAAAGCCAACAACAAACAGUAAGGCACUUUGCCUUGUCUCUAGACCAGAGACAUCCUUUCUUUGACAGUUGGUACGAUUCCCCUUUGGCUGCUGGGAUUAGCAACGUGUCGACAGCCAUAGCUGUUGAUGUUCUCCUUUUGUUUUGUUGAACUUUAAUCAUUGGUUACUUAAAAUUGCUUAAAACUAAAGGUCUGUGACCUAAAAUGAAUCUCCUCAAAGCAUCUCCAUGUGACUGAUAAACAUUAGGUAAAGGCCUCCGAACUAGUCUUUGGCUCAAAUCUUCUGUAACUCUCAAAGUGUUGCACCUAUUUCAUUGCAUGGACACUCCUAAUUCCCUAUAAAUUGAACAUCAGGGUCAGGGGGAAGGUAAAAUAUAAUGCAUGUAAUUUUAUUCCCAUGAGCAGGAAAAAUAUGGUACAUUGGGGCUGGCCAUACACAUUUAUUGUUCAUCAACAGAGAGCAAAAGAUUAUAGUAUGUGACAUACAGCAGCUAGGGUAGGCCACAGACAGAAAUGGUUGCUGAUCAGUCUCAAUGAUACUGUUUUCCAGAUCAUAUUUUUAGAUGUCAUGGGUAUAUAAGUCACGGUUUCUUUAAACUCUUGCCUUAUUUUAAGGCAAGGGACGUAUAUUUCAGUGACAGAGUUAUGGAAAAAAAUCUGUAGCUGUUUAUCAGUUUUUCAUGAUUUUCUAUUUGUGGGUUAGUCUAUUUGUAUCCAUUUUAGAGUAAAUGGCAAUGGAAGAAACUAAUUCUAAAACCCUUGCCACUGCUUGGUCUCCAUUUGGUCCUUCCUUUGAGACUUUUUAGAACAAAGAUGUCUGGGAAGAAGAGAUGACCCUGGUGUGCUCCCAGCUGGCCACAUCUGGGAUGUGUCGGGACAUGGCACGUGGAUGCUUUACAUUUCUGACGAACCAGUAGUGUCUGCUGUAGCCCUUCAUUUUAGUCCACUUACUUAACCAAAUAAUAUUCUUUGGAAUUCAGAGAUCAGAUCUUUCUAGAAUUCCAAGCCUAUGGCCAGGCUAUACCUCAGACCAUUCUUUAACAGCUUCAUCUCUGGAUUUUCUGAAUUUCCUAACCCGAGUGGUGACCGUAUCUUAAUGCAGCUGAAGAUCCUAGAGUUGGAUUCUUCCCUUGUCCUUCGCUUGUCCUCGUUCACUUCCAGGGAGCACCCCGGGCAGAAUGAUGUGGUUCUGCACACAAAGCGACACUCGCAACCAGUCACUUGGGAAUCUGGCAGAUCUCCUAAGAUAGGGAUAAUUUUUGCUGAUACUUUCUGAUGUAAUUUGGUGUAUUAUUUUUGAGAUCUUGGCUGAAAUAAAUGAGACAUUUAUGAAAACCUCAUGUUAAAUUAUUUUUUUUGUAAAGAUUCUAUUUUUAAAACUCUACACCCAACGUGGCGCUCAAACACAAUCCCGACCGAGAUCAAGCGUCGCAUGCCAUACUGACUGAGCCGGCCGGGCACCCCAUUUUUUUUAAAGACAUGUAAAAUUAUUUUUAACAAUUCCAGCACUUCGUCCUUAGACCACCUAAUGUAGCUGUUUUCUUCACGUGGCUCACAUCCAGAAUUUUUGAUGUAGGAAUCUUGAAGGCCAACCUGUAUCCUGAUCUUGGCAACUUUCUGUUCUCUAUGAAGCUGGGACCAAACAAAGGGGGAUUUUUUUUUUCUUUGAAAGUAAAGGCAGAUAGCCUGUCUAGAAAUUUGGCUGUUAGAGAGGGCAGCCCGGCCUGCUGCCAGGAUGGACUUGCCCUGAAGCCAGCUAGACCCGUCUCCUCUGCCCAGGUUGGAAUGACUGACUGCCCCCCGGGGUGCAGCAAGUGUGGUAAGAUAAGGGCCACAGCAGGAUGCUUCUCCCAGGUUUUAAGUUAGAAAUUUUCCACAAGUGC